UCUCAGUUAAUUUCUUUAUUAUGUCAGGAUUUCUGUGCCCAAGUCAUCUGUGCCAUGUACGCAGUCUCUGGUCAUCCCUUGUACUGUCUGCAGUCUCUGGUUAUCCCCUGCACUGUCUGCAGUCUCUGGUCUUCUGUACUAUGUCCACAGUCUCUGGUCAUUCCCUGUACUGUGUCCGCAGUCUCUGGUCAUCUCCUGUACUGUGUCUGCAGUCUCUGGUCAUCUCCUGUACUGUGUCCGCAGUCUCUGGUCAUCUCCUGUACUGUGUCCGCAGUCUCUGGUCAUCUCCUGUACUGUGUCCGCAGUCUCUGGUCCAUCUCCUGUACUGUGUCCACAGUCUCUGGUCAUCUCCUGUACUGUGUCCGCAGUCUCUGGUCAUCUCCUGUACUGUGUCCGCAGUCUCUGGUCAUCUCCUGUACUGUGUCCGCAGUCUCUGGUCAUCCUCUGUACUGUGCCCGCAGUCUCUGGUCAUCCCCUGUACUAUGUCCGCAGUCUCUGGUCAUCUCCUGUCCUAUGUCCGCAGUCUUUGGUCAUCCCCUGUACUGUGUCUGCAG